UGUCGAUGCUGCUUGGCCGUAGCGUUCAGCACUGUAAAAAGGGUACAUAAAUUCAAAAAAACAAAAGAAAAAAAUUUUUUAGCAAAUUUUCAAGCCCGAAACAUGUCUGAAUUGCAAGCAUCGCUGUUGCUGAAGCGUCAACUGGCUGAACUGCAUCGCAAUCCCGUCGAUGGUUUCUCAGCCGGUUUGAUCAACGAUGAGGAGAUCUUCAAAUGGGAAGUGGUCAUCAUUGGGCCACCGGAUACCCUGUACGAGGGCGGCUGCUUCAAGGCACAUCUAACAUUCCCCAAGGAGUACCCGUUGCGACCGCCACACAUGAAAUUCGUCACAGAAAUCUGGCAUCCCAAUAUUGAGAAGAAUGGCAAUGUGUGCAUCUCGAUACUCCAUGAGCCCGGCGAUGAUAAAUUUGGCUAUGAGAAGGCCGAAGAGCGCUGGCUGCCAGUGCACACCGUGGAGACCAUAUUGCUAUCGGUGAUCUCCAUGUUGGCCGAUCCCAAUGAUGAGUCGGCGGCCAACGUGGAUGCGGCCAAGGAGUUUCGCGAAGAUUAUGCCGAAUUCAAGCGGAAAGUAACUCGAUGUGUGCGUCGCAGUCAGGAAGAGGUCUAGCAUAGAUCUAUACAUUCCCACAGCUCUCUCCCUAUCCCAAUUCAUCUCCUUCUCUCGUUCUCGCUCUCUUUCUAUCUGUCUCACUCUCUCACUCUCACUUUAAAUUAAUACAUACAACGGUCAAAAUUCAAGCAUGCGAAUAAAUUGAGCGAGUGCUUGCAACAAAAAAAAAUAAAAAUAAAUA